AUGGCUUGUUACAUCUCCCCACCAACACAGCUGAAAAACACAUUAAAGCCGGGUAAGUGCAGUAGCUGCUCCCGUCUGGCGGAAGCGGAGCCCCGUGCCUGGAGGCUGGCUCGGAGUAUUACGGCCGCGGGCGGUGGAUACGACGCCGCUGGAGCCCUGAGGUGUAGCGGCCUCCCGCCGAGGGACACCUCAUCGGCAAGCAGCGUGAGGAUCCGGGCGGCAGCCGGCGGGCCGGGGCCUGCGCUGCGGGCAGGCGAGGCCGCCAGGCCCCGGCGUCCCCGACCCGCCGCCCUAGGCGGCAGCCUCCCGAUGGUCGCCUGUCCGUCGUCCGCCCCUGACUCCCCGCAGCCCGGCUGGCGGUGCCCGCAGGCCGCGGCCGGCUCCGACACCCAAAAUGGCGACUGUGGCCUGGGGAGCGCGGGACAGUCUCUGCAGCCGGGCAGAGCCAGCCUCGGGGUACUGAGCCGCACCGCGCAGGCGGCUGCUUGUACCAGGUCCGGGUUCCUUCGGCUCGGUUGCCCCCUCGGAGCCCGUUCUCCUCCUGGAACACGCCCGGGGUACCGCGGGUCGCGCCGUCGGGAAGAUGGCGUCGCCUGGCCGGCCCGUCCGCCCGCUCAGGCCGCAGGAGCGGCUUCGCUAGCCCUCCCCGUACCUGUCGCCUCUGGGUGCGAACCCGGGGGCCGGGGCGCUGCCAGGCGGGCAGGGGGUGCCGGGCCGGGCGGCUGAAGGCUUCGGGGGAAAGUAAUAAAGUGUCUCAUAUUGUGAGAGGAACGCGCAGCCCGGAGAAUCCGAUUUGUGGACUGCUUCGAGCAGGUUAUCGCUCUGAGUGAACACAGCCCGGUCGCCUUCCCUGAUUAACCCUUCUUCAUCAAUCUCGAUCGUUUCCCCGUCCGGCUUCUGGCCAGCGGCUGCAGGUACCGAGGCUCCUCGUGAACUGCCGGCGGGGCGCGAAUCGCGACAUACGAUAGUCGGCAACGGUGGGGGUGGGGGAAGGUGUUUUGGCCCCUGCACCCCCAGGUGGCAGAGGAGCGGCUGCUGAUGCAUUUCACUUGGAAACGAAGGGCCGCGGCCAUUCCCGGCCGGCCGGAGACCGGGCCGGCCCCGCCACCGCCCCUCCGCGGAGCACGGCGCGGCCGCACAAAGACUAUUUCCAGAGCAGAACCCUUGAACAGAGCGAGAAGCGUUGCUUAUUAUGCUCGUCUUAGUUCCCCCUCCAUUGGAGGUAACGGAAUUCCUUGCCGGGAGCCGGGGAUUCGUGCGAGCCCGCCGUGCCACAGCCGGGGCACGCAGCAGCCCCGCGCCGGUCGCCGCCGCCCCACGCACGGAGCCCAGGGGUUCGCUUCACC